UCGUUAUCGUCAUACUUCAUAUUUCUUGUGUAGUCGAUCGCACGCCAUUUCGAAGCAAAAGUUCGUGGUGAGUUAAAGCGCGUUCCUGUGUAUCUCACAAACUUAUUUUUUGGCGUCGCGAUCGUCAGGAAUACCUUCAGACAAAGUAGCGUUUAGAAAAUGGGCGAGGAUUUCAAUGGAGAUCGCGACAGGCAGGACAGAGAUAAGGAUAGAGAUAGGGAUAGGGAUCGCGAUAGGAGACACCGAUCUCGCAGCAGAGAUCGCAGAAAGCGGUCACGUUCUCGUUCAAAAGAUCGCAGAGACAGGAAGAGGAGUAGCUCACCGAAGAAGAAUCGUAGCUCCAGAAGAAGGAAACCCUCUCUUUAUUGGGAUGUGCCUCCACCUGGCUUUGAACACAUUACCCCUUUGCAGUACAAAGCUAUGCAAGCUGCUGGACAAAUACCUGCAAAUAUUGUAGCAGACACUCCUCAAGCAGCUGUGCCUGUAGUUGGCAGUACGAUAACACGACAAGCAAGGAGACUAUAUGUAGGGAACAUUCCAUUUGGUGUUACUGAGGAAGAGAUGAUGGAGUUCUUUAAUCAACAGAUGCAUCUGUCGGGACUUGCACAAGCUGCUGGCAACCCAGUAUUGGCUUGUCAAAUUAAUUUAGACAAAAAUUUCGCAUUUCUCGAGUUCCGGUCGAUAGACGAAACUACACAAGCUAUGGCGUUCGACGGAAUUAAUUUCAAGGGGCAAAGUUUGAAGAUAAGAAGGCCGCACGAUUACCAGCCUAUGCCAGGAAUGACCGAUAAUCCAAGCAUGAACGUGCCAGGUACGGUUCCUGAUUCGCCACACAAGAUCUUCAUUGGUGGUUUGCCCAAUUAUUUGAACGAGGAACAGGUGAAAGAGCUGCUGAUGAGUUUUGGCCAGCUGAGGGCAUUCAAUCUAGUGAAGGAUUCUGCUACUGGACUCUCCAAGGGCUAUGCGUUCUGUGAAUAUGUGGACGUCUCUAUGACCGAUCAAGCUAUCGCAGGCCUGAAUGGGAUGCAGUUAGGUGACAAGAAACUGAUUGUACAACGUGCCAGUGUGGGCGCCAAGAAUCCUAUGAUAGGUACACAAGCUCCAGUACAAAUUCAAGUGCCUGGUUUGUCCAUGGUCGGUUCGAGCGGACCUGCGACAGAAGUGCUUUGUUUGCUUAAUAUGGUUACGCCCGAAGAAUUAAUGGAAGAAGAAGAAUACGAGGAUAUUCUCGAGGAUAUUAAAGAAGAAUGUAACAAGUACGGCGUGGUGCGAUCCGUGGAAAUUCCGCGACCCAUCGAAGGCGUCGAUGUACCUGGAUGCGGCAAGGUAUUCGUUGAAUUUAAUAGCGUGAUCGACUGCCAAAAGGCUCAGCAGACUCUCACGGGACGAAAGUUCAACAACCGUGUAGUUGUCACGUCGUAUUUCGAUCCUGACAAAUAUCACCGUAGAGAAUUCUAAGUUGUAGAGACUCAUCUUUUCAUACCGUUUAAUAUUAAUUAUGGAUAUACAUAUAAAUAUAUUCUAAUGUAUAUUAACAUGUAAUGUAUAUGGAUAGCAGACAUGUAUUCUUCCGGAAAAAAGCUUAUUGAAAUUUUAAAAGUGAAA